UCGCGUUUCAUGUACUAGCCAAGGUUUCUGGUACCGCGUUUACACACGAGUCUGAAAUAGAUCAUGGCUUAAAUUAUGACAGCGAUGUUGAGAGCAUCACGAGAUAAGCUUUGUCUGCUCACUGUAAGCAAUGAUUUCCGCCUUUUUGCUUCACAUUCAGCUCCGCGGCACCAGUACAAAGCAUCACUUCCGGCUGAUGACCUUACAAAUACUAUGCGUUCAAUCUCUCUCUUUAUUCCCAAAUAAUUCGCAGUAGCAUCGCUUUGAUCUAUUCUGGAGUCAGAGAUGACCAUUAGGGGACCUCUGUCAAGCGACCAGACAAGGCAAUGCAUGUGUCGAGGACACGAGAACGACAUCAGCAUUGAAGUACGGGGCCCUGUCGCAGCCUACAGUACACUAGAGAAGGUGCUGCAACUUGAUCAGAAGCUAUCAAACCUACAUAGUGCCAUGAUGGAGUGCAGCACAUGUGCUUCAGAUCCAACGCGCACUACGACUCUUCUUCGCGAACUGGAAAUCCUUUGUACCCUUUACGUUGCAGGGCAGGCAAAGUUUGCGCCAUCGGGCGUUCCUAUUGACAAAGAUAGCAAUGAAAGCCGCGCUGAGCUUGGCGACAGCACCUUCCAAUUAAGCCGAUACGUGUUGGACAGCGAGGAGUGUAGAGUUGUGGGUCGCAUUGUCGUGAAGCAAGGGCUGGAUCACCUUCAAAAGAAGCUGCAGAUCGUGCAGGCGGAGCAGAGGCGGAACAAUUGUGCCACAAUGCAGAACGAGAUCAGUGCGAAAGUUCAGGGGAUACUUUCGAAAGUAUGGGAGGCUUCCGCAUAUGGAUGUUUGUAGACACGGGGGAUUCGCGAGGGCGCGUCCAGCGUCAAGGCCGUGGUAGCUAAGGUACUCGAUCAAAAAUGAAGCAC